AUGGGCGUUACCUGGCUGCACGGUGCCAGAGGCACGGCCAAAACUUUGCUGCUCGUUCCACAGAUCUACCAGGGCCCAGAGAGCAACACAGAGGUUUGCACUUUCCAUCCUGGCGUUCCCGUCUUCCAUGAAGGGAUGAAGUACUGGAGCUGCUGUGGGGUCAAAACGACGGAUUUCAGUGCCUUCCUGGAGCAGCCGGGCUGCAGCAGCGGGCAACACAACUGGACGGGGAAGGGGGACAAGAAGGCAGUGUCGUGCCGGCAGGACUGGCACCAAACUGGCAACCAGGUGGUAGUCACGGUCUAUGCCAAGAACCCCCUGCCCGCCCUCAGCAGUGUGAAAGCCAACCGCACCGUGCUUGAGGUUCACAUCACCUUCGAAGGAAAUAAGAUUUUCCAGGCAGAACUGGAUCUCUGGGGGGUUAUUGAAACGGAGAAGAGCUUUGUGAGCAUGGUCCCUACCAAGGUGGAGAUCACACUUUGCAAAGCCAGCCCUGGCUCCUGGGCCAGGCUGGAGCUCCCCCAGCACAGGCCACACUCCCACGGCGAGCAGCAGAAGGAGGCUGCAGAUGCAGCCGAGCCUGGGGCAGCGCAGCGGGAGGACUCGGAUGACAGCUUGAGCUGGUCGGAGGAGGAAGACGAGGAGCUGGAGAUGGGAACACCAAGCAACUGA